AUGAUGAAAAUUAUCGCUCUCGCUGUACUCCUCGGCGUUGCCUUAGCCGACGUUUCCCACCUGGCUUCUCAGGAAAUCCCGAUCCUCCGCUCCGAAUCCGACAUCACUCCCGAGGGAAGCUACAAAUGGGCUUAUGAAACUGGCAACGGAAUCGCCGCCCAAGAACAAGGUCAAGGCGCCGUGUCCGCUCAAGGAAGCUUCUCCUGGACCGCACCCGAAAACAUCCCGAUCGCCAUCCAAUACGUGGCUGACGAGAACGGUUACCAACCAUCCGGUGACGCCAUCCCACAACCACCACCAAUCCCACUCGCCAUCCAGAGGUCUCUUGAAUGGAUCGCCGCUCACCCACCACCACCAGAAACCAGAAAAUUCUAAAUCUUAGAUUAAUGCUUGUACAAAUCGAUAAUAAAUUUACUAAAAAGUA